UCUACGGUCCAAAGACAGAAUAGCACCUCUGUCAAACAGGAAGUUACUUCGGUUGAUGCUAACUGGCUAAUUUGCUAAAAAGUAAACAAGUGUGUCGGCUGAGUUAAGGUUAAACUUCGACCAAAAGUAACUUUGCGCCAUGAAAGAAGACAAAGAAAACACACGGCCGCGAGAGAAAAAGGUGGAGAUAAAAUGUGAAGAUGUGGAAAAGACAGAGAAGUGCAAGGAAAAAAAAGAAACCAUGACAAAGAUUGUGAUCAGACGAUUGCCACCCACUCUGACUAAAGAAGAGUUAGAGGAACAGUUGCAACCCCUCCCAGAGGUUGACUAUUUGGAAUUUUUCUCCAAUGACACCAGCCUUUACCCACACCUCUUUGCAAGAGCUUACAUUAACUUCAGAAACCAAGACGACGUUGUCCUCUUCAGGGAUCGCUUUGAUGGCUAUGUCUUUGUUGACAGCAAAGGUCAAGAAUUUCCAGCUGUUGUGGAGUUUGCACCUUUUCAAAAGACUGCCAAGAAAAGGACUAAAAAGAAGGAUUCAAAGUGUGGUACAAUUGCAGAAGAUCCAGAUUACAAAAGGUUCCUCGAGUAUUACAAUGGAGAUGACAACAAGUUGACAACCACACCUGAAACUCUCUUAGAAGAGGUUGAAGCCAGAUCUAAAGAACUUUCAGCUAAAAAAACAACUCCUCUGCUGGACUUCCUGAAAAAUAAACAAAGACUCAGAGAGGAAAGGAAAGAGGAGAGAAGAAGGAGAGAGCUUGAGCGCAAGCGCCUGCGUGAAGAGGAGCGUCGCAAAUGGAGGGAGGAGGAGAGGAGGAAGCGCAAAGAAGCAGAGAAAGUGAAAAGACUUGAGAAGCCAGCGGAGAAAGACAAGGAUUCUGUCAAAGAAGAACCCAAAAUAAAGCUGUUGAAGAAGCAAGAAAGAAGUGAGGAUGAUGAUGCAGAAAAGCCAAAGGAUAAACCCAAGAGACCAGAGAAGGGGAAUAAAGAGGACAGGCCCUUUGGAAGUUUUGAUCAGAGGAGGCGCCAGAACAUGGAUAACAAGGAGGAUCGUGGGAAGAAGUGGGAUGAGGAUGGACGGAAGGAGCCCCGAGAGCGGGACCUGGAUCGAGACAGAGAGCGGGAAAAAGAGCGGCGGCUCAGAGAAAAGGAGCGUCUUAAACGACAGGACGAGGAACGACGAAAACGGAGGGAAAGGCAGGACGGAGAGAACUCCUUCCGGAAGCGUGAAGAGGACUUUAAAAAAGAAAAAGCUUUUGAGAAAAAGAAGGAUGAGACCAUGGUGGAAUCUGCUCACUCCGAGAAGCCAGAAAAACCCCCUAAAGAAAACAGAAAGGAGGAAAUGGGGAAAAAAGAGCGACUACGGAACAAGGAUCGGCCUGCCAUUCAGCUGUACCAACCAGGAGCCAGGAGCCGCAAUCGCUUUGCACCCGGAGGACCUGAAUCCGCACCUGCAGACAAAAAAACUGAUAUCGAGAACAAGAAACCGGUUGAGAAAGGAGAAGACUGAGCUCUCCUCUACUUGUGGCAUUUCAGAUCCGGCGAUGAAACAGGCCUGCGAGGCUCAGCGCUGCCGUGUAGAGUUUUAGAGCCACAUGCACGGCUGCUGAAGCAGAGCUGCACCCGGCAGAGUUUCUGAGGCGGAACCUCUCAGUGCCUAAAUGUGGCCCUCUUUAGUUUUUGUGUUCUUAGAAGAGGCAAAAGUAACAUUUUGAGGGAGUUUAACUGUCAGGCACAUUCAGGGAAGCAUGAGCUUUCUGCAACAGUGCGAUUUUAAAGUGACCUUAUUUCAGUGUUUCUGAUGGAGAAAAAGUUCAAAUUGCAAACAAGCUUUCAGGUUUAUUAGAAAAGUUAAAAAUAUAAAAUCCAAGUCCAGUGUCAACAUGGCUACACUAAAGAUUCCACACGUUGGUCAGUACUACAGCGCUCAUUUCAGUUUUCAUGUUCGAAUGACUUCUUUCUCCUCUGUUAGACACACGAUCUAGAGGGCAGGAUCGUUUUCAUGGUCUGUCACUCCGCUCAGGAUAGAAAAGAUUUCAUUUGCAGGUUUGAGAUGAGGCAUUGGAAAAUCAAAAAUGAUCAGCUUGUGGCCUUUCCCCAUUUCUGACUCCCUUUAAGCAUUUAUGUAGUUGCAUUGCACCAGGCAGAGCAUGGAAACGAAUUAAUGCAGGUUAUGCUGACAAACAAUAACCUCUUUUGACAGAAAAUAAAAGCUCUUUGACAAAUAA